AUGCACACUCUCAAUUCCUCUAAAAUUGAGAUCACCACAUUCUUCCUGAUUGGAAUCCCAGGACUAGAGCAUGUUCACAUUUGGAUCUCUGUCCCCAUUUGCCUCAUGUACCUAGUGGCCAUCCUUGGCAAUUGCACCAUCCUCUUUGUUAUCAGGACAGAGCCUUCACUCCAUGCCCCCAUGUACUACUUCCUCUCCAUGCUAGCUGUCUCUGACCUGGGCCUCUCCCUCUCAUCUCUCCCUACUAUGCUGAGGAUCUUUGUUUUCAACGCUACAAGAAUUUCCCCAAAUGCCUGCUUUGCUCAAGAAUUCUUUAUCCAUGGAUUCACAGAUAUGGAGUCCUCAGUGCUCUUGAUCAUGUCUUUUGACUGUUUUUUGGCCAUACGCAACCCUCUGAGAUACAGCUCCAUCCUCACCAAUGCCAAAAUGGGCCUGAUGUUUCUCGUUAAAAGCAUGCUCUUAGUGCUCCCAUUUCCUUUCACUCUCAAGAAACUGACAUAUUGUAGGAAAAGCCUACUUUCUCACUCUUAUUGUCUGCACCAGGAUGUCAUGAAGCUGGCCUGCUCUGACAACACGGUCAACUUUUUCUAUGGCUUCUUCGUUGCCCUCUGUAUGAUGACAGACAGUGCGUUCAUUGCCGUGUCUUACAUAUUCAUCCUGAAGACUGUGAUGGGCAUGGGAUCUCAUAAGGAGAGGCUCAAGGCCCUCAACACCUGUGUCUCUCACAUCUGUGCUGUGCUUAUCUUCUAUGUGCCCAUCAUUGCUUUGGCCUCCAUGCACCGUUUUGGCAAGCACAAGUCCCCAGUGGCCAUGAUCCUCAUUGCUGACAUUUUCUUGCUAGUACCACCUCUGAUGAACCCCAUUGUAUACUGUGUGAAGACACGACAAAUCCGUGAGAAGGUUUGGGGAAAACUAGGUCUAAAAUGA